CCAUGCAUCCCUGCGGCGGGGAAGAUUAGGCAGGGCGUUGAGAUUUCUGUUAAGUCUUGGUCUCGGGAGCCGGACGAGAAGGGAUCGGGUCUCCUCCGGGGCAGGUAAUCUGACUUGUCGGCGGCAGAGGGAGCGCUGAAAUCCGUGGUGAUUGAAAUCCAUUUGGGAACGACAUAGUGUGUGUUCCUUUCUUAAAACAUCGGUUGUUCACAUAUAGACUCCCCAAAAAAUGAAUAAAGAUGCCCAAAUGAGAGCAAGCAUAAACCAAAAGCUAAUCGAAACAGGAGAACGAGAACGCCUUAAAGAGUUACUGAGAGCCAAAUUAAUUGAAUGUGGCUGGAAGGACCAGCUGAAGGCACACUGCAAAGAUGUCAUCAAAGACAAAGGCCUAGAGCAUGUCACGGUUGAUGAUUUGGUGGCAGAAAUUACUCCCAAAGGCAGAGCCUUGGUACCCGACAGUGUAAAGAAAGAGCUUCUACAAAGAAUAAGAACAUUCCUCGCUCAACACGCCAGCCUUUGAUUUCUUCCAUUGAGUCUUACCAUGUUGUAUUAAGUGAAUUAUGCCAGAAACUGGAAGACAUUUUUCCAUGCUUUAGGGUUGAAGGUUCACUUUUUAAAAAAUGUUUAGUUACUGGAAGUGUACUUUGCUACAUCGACUUCUUAAUUCUUGCUAUUUUAAUAAAAAAUGAAAUGAACUGCUUGUGGGCGUAUGUUGGAAAGAGAUGACAUUUCUUGCCAUUAAAAGGUUAUUGUGUUGCUUAACAUGAUUGACAUCUUUUUCAUCACUAUUAAUUAUUCCAAAUGUCUCUUAAAAUUGCAGUAGCAGAAAUGAUAACAGUAGAACACAUGCUAGAUAAAGUAUUUGGUUAACAGCAGAGAAAAAGAAGGAUGCCCAUAUGAUACAGGAUGGGAUAGAGCAGUGAUGGGUAGGAUUUUGAGUAGAUGGGUAUUCUCUUAGCCUACCCUUUCCCAACCUGGGAGCACCAAUAUAUUUUGGUGCCCUAGCCUAUUGCAGACACUAUCUAUAGCACUUAAUUGUGAUGCUGAGUUGAAAGAGAUGCUCUUUUUAAAAGAAGAAAUUAAGAUUUGGGGGGAAUAUGAUGUUGUCAUGGCAAUGGAAGCUAGAUUUUUAAGGCAAUUUUGACAACAAAAUAAGGUAGUGUGCCUGCCUGUAAGACCGUGAGAUUUGAAAGUGAUCUCAGAAAUCAAAUCUUCCCUUGAUGUUCAUAUUUUUAAGGUCCUGAUGGCACAGGCUAAGGAGAAAAAAUCUAGACGCUAGAUGUGCUUC